AUGGCGCCGCGUUCGAGCAAUGACGUCUUGAAUGGCGGGCUGCUGCGCCUUGACGCCGCUCAGCAGCUGUUCGAGGGUAUUGCUUUUUUGCUCGCUCUCCAGCAGACGACUCCUGAGGGACUCCAGCUCCUGGCACUGCUGCCAGACGUGGUCGUCCAGCUGCCCCUGCACCAGCUUCUCCGCGCGUUCCCGCACAAGUUCCACCAGCUGAUGCCGCACCGCAGCGUCUACCUGCAGCGUUGGCUGCUGCUGCUGCUGCAGCGCCAUCGACGGUGCACGGGGAAUGGCAAGCAGCAGCUCCAGCAUCUUCGCCUCUGCGGUGAGCAAUACGGCCGCGUUGGCAUCCGACCGGUACCGCACUUCAGCAGCGUCGGUGCCCGCCUGAACACGUGUCCGCUGCAAAUAUUCCUCUGCCCGCGCCCGUGA